AUGUCUUCCUUGCAACAGGCGGAUGUCGCAUUCCUGGCCAGAUUGGUAAUUUUGCAGGUGUGUUUCAAUAGCUUUGCUCUAAUUCUUAGUACACUAACUGGUAUCCUCCGCACCAUCUCGCACCCCUCUCGUGCAUCCGUUACAUCCUCUGAUGCAUCCUCUGUCGCACCCUCCGUCACAUUCUCUCGCACCUCUGUUGCACUUCUGUCAUACCUCUGUCUGUCACACCCUCUCGCACCUCUAGGCUCUGUCGAACCCUCUCGUACCUCUGUCGCACUAUGGCCGACAUCCAUGACAGGCACUGAUGUCACCGAGCGCAGUGUGAUCGGCCUGCAAGAGAUCACAAAGGGCGGGUCACGACUCACAAUGGACGGGUCACACUGGUAUUGCAAACGUGACCAAAUAUAA